AUGAGUUCGAAUCCUGCAAGUCCGAACGAGGGAAGAGAGGAUGAGGCAUGUCUUUAUGCUAUGUUACUCUGCACAAGUCAAGUGUUUCCUUCAGUACUCAAUGCAUCUAUUGAGUUGAAUUUGUUUGACAUAAUAGCAAAUGCAACACCCCAUGGCGGAACUGUGUCAGCAUCCCAAAUUGCUUCUAAGUUGCCAAACCAAUACCCAGGUUUGCCUAAUAGACUUGAGCGCAUGCUGCGUCUCCUUGCAAGCUAUUCUCUUCUCACUUGUUCUCCUCACACCAAUCAAGAUGGUAGCAUUGAGAGAUUCUUUGGAAUCUCAGCUGUUGGAAAGUACUUCGUCAGUGAUGAAGAAAGGGGUUGCGCCAGUGCCAUUGCAAAUUUUCUCAACUAUCCUGCAAUGUCACAACUUUGGCCAAAAUAUAAGGAGGUAAUUCUUAACGCUGAGGAGGACGACUUAUUCAAGAAGGUUCAUGGAAUAUCUUUGUUCGAAUAUAGAAAAAAGGAUGAAACAAUGAAAAGCAUUUUCAACAAAUCCAUGGCUAAUAUUUGCACCAUAAACAUGAAUAGGAUCCUUGAAGUGUACAAAGGAUUUGAAGGAGUUCCAACCCUAGUUGACGUGGGAGGAUGUACGGGACAAAAUCUUCGCAUGAUAAUUUCCAAGUACCCUACAAUUAAGGGUGUCAAUUUUGAUUUGCCCCAAGUUGUUGAACAAGCGCCAGCUUAUCCAGGAAUCCAACAUGUUGGAGGAGACAUGUUCACUUAUGUACCACAGGGUGAUGCCAUAAUUCUUCAGUCUGUAUUGCAUAAUUGGUCAGAUGAACAAUGCAUAAGCCUUUUGAGGAACUGUCACAAUGCCCUGCCACAAGAUGGAAGGGUGAUUAUUAUAGAGUUCGUAACAGAAGAAGCAACAGAGUCAAAUGCCUCAAAACUUGUUGCCGUCCUCGAUAAUCUCAUGUAUAUAACAAACAGCGGGAAGGAAAGAACUGUGAAGGAAUACGAGGCUUUGUGCAAGCUUUCUGGAUUCUCAAGAUUUCACGUUGCUUGUCGUGCAUUCUUCACCAUGGGAGUCUUUGAAUUUCACAAAUAA